GCAACCAAAACCUGCUUCGCAGAAUCUCUCUCUCUCUCUCUCUCUCUCUCUCUCUCUCGUCUUCAAACCUUAAAUUAUAGAGAUGGAACCGAAUUCACCUGCAGAAGUAACGAAGAAACUAUGGAACCAUGUACGCAUAGUGUUCUUCAUGCUGAGGAAAGGCGUCUCCAAGCGCAAACUAACGACGGACCUUCACCUCAUGAUGAAACGUGGCAAGAUCGCAGGGAAGGCCAUCGGGAACCUUAUGUUCCACCACCACCACCACCACCACCACUCCAACUCCAUCUGCCAAUCGCACGAUGCGAAUCUUUCCUUCGUCGCACCUAGUGAUUACGAGUUUAGCUGCAGCAACAGCCCCGCCUACCCUCCUUCCUUUCCGUCUUCUUCUUCUUCUUCUUCUUCUUUCUUUCCCUUCCACGUCAGCAAACGCAAGACCUCCCAGAACCACUUCUCAUGUAUGCACCCGACGGUCAAAGACGACGACAUAACGGCCGUCAAUGCGGUGCAGAAAAUGCUGGAGAUGUUGAACGACCAUGACAUAACGGAGGCGUCUCCCAUACCGUCACCGUUUUUUGGGUUCGGAAAGAGUCCGAUGGUGAGGCAGUUAAGGAUAACGGACUCACCGUUUCCGUUAACGAAUUCUGAAGAGAAUAGCUACGUGGACAAAGCGGCUGAGGAGUUCAUUCAGAAGUUCUAUAACAACCUUAGGUUACAAAAUAGGAUGGCCGAGUAAAAAUGCUUAAGAUUUUGAGAGUUGAGAUCGAAGAGAGUCGUCGGAGCUCCGGUCUCUUCCGGCGAGAGUUGUGAUUUGGCUUUCGCCUCAAGUCUCUUUCGUUCUUUAUCUAUGACGUCUUUGAUGUAAAUUUCCGUUUUUUAUUCUUUUUUCUUUCUUUGUGAAAAGGAAAAAAGAAAAGAAAUACUUUAUGAAUUAGAAUUACAGGUUUGACCUUUGAGAACUUUGAACUUAAAUGUAUACAUCUUCUCAAACUCUCAAGUAGGUGAACUAGCUGAAGCUUUAGAUCCA